UUUCUGUCUCAAACCACUGCUACUUCUUCUACUAUUCUCGCUUCCCUAUGCACAAAUUAGGCAACUCGCCAAAGGGGAUUCCUCCUACGACGUCGUUUCGUGCCUACUCAUUUCGGUUUUUGGACACAAUUAUUUGGUCGUUUCUCCUCGUUGGCAUAGAACCAGUACACUACAACCUUGGAAAAUGAUCCCGUGUUUUUCUCGUACACUAUUUUAAUCCCUCACUCUUUCUCUUUGAAGCCCAAACACUCAAAUUAAAUCAGGAUGUUUCAGUAAUUUUUCAUGAUAAUUUCAGCUUUCAGAGUUUAACCUCCCCAGAUUCUUAGAUUCCCAGAGGAAAUUUUGUCCCCGCUGUGAUUCUUAAUUAAUUACCCCUUCUUCCUUUCUUUUUUUUUUUCCUUGUCUUUGGUGCUUGGAUUCUUAGAAAAAUACUAAGAAAACCCAAAAGAAGAUGCAGCAGCAGCUGCAGCGCCAAAAGAAAAAGCGAGAAAAAGAGUUUCUCUUUCUCUUUUGAGUCCUCUCUAUUUCUCUCUCUCACACACCCUCUGAACCUAUUGCUUUCACUUUGUGAAAGAAAGCGUUGUUUGUUUAACGACAUCACCACCUUCGACCCUUCCCUUUCUAACGUUGUUGUUUCCAAGAAGCCAAGCAUUCACUUUAGGGAGAAACAAACACUCUCUUUUAUAUGCUUUCUCCCCAUUUCGUUUCUCAUGUGCUUCAACGUUUAUUCUUCUCGGCUGGGGUUGAUACUGUUUGCCUAGUCCCUUUUCCUUCAACGUUUCUUCAUGUCGGACUCGGCCAAGGUGCGAUUGGUGCGUUGCCCAAAGUGUCAAAAUCUUCUUCCCGAACUCGCCGAUUACUCUGUUUAUCAAUGUGGUGGUUGUGGUGCGGUUCUUCGAGCGAAGCAUAAGGGUUAUGUGAGUGGUAGCUUGUCGGAUGACGGGAAGGUUGGAGUUGGAGGAGAUUCUGGUAAAUCGGAAAGUUCAUUGGAGAAGGGCUUAGUGGAUCGCAGUGAUGCUUCGGACGUUGAUGCUAAGUCCAGUAGUGGUCCUUCAGGGGACGAAAUUCAAAGGGAUGUGGAUAAAGUAGAUAACAUGGAGGAGAAAUUUCUGAAUCAACCAGAGGGUAUUAUUGAGAAAGGGGUAUUUGAUGAUGAUGUUGAUGUCAAUGGUGGUAAAGAUGAAGCGGGUAAAUCAAUAGGAAGAGAACAGGAGGAACCACACAAGUCUCGAAUUAGUCGUGAGAAUGGGUCUAAAUUCUCCGGGAGAAUUUCUAAUUGGCAGAAUGGAGAGAGAACUGAGAUGGAGGAGUUUUGGAGAAAGCCACGAACUGAGAUGGAAAGUGUGAGAUUUUCCACUUCCAAGUAUCCUGAUGAAGGACCUUCGAAUGGCUUUUCUAGUAAAUAUAUGGGAUCGUGGAGGAAUCGCAAUGAAGCAGAUGGUGCAGACAUGGUUCAGCACCUUGAGCAGGAUCGAGCUGAGCUUCUAAGGAAGCUAGAUGAGUUGAAGGUCCACCUCAGUAAGUCUUCUGAAUUGGUAAGCAACCAAAAGGAAAAGAUUAUUCCUGAUGAAAGGACGAUUCCUCCGGAUCCUCAUCCCUAUGGUGGCUCCGAUCCUUGGUUUUCAGAUGGAUCAUCUGGGUUGAACAGAACUUCAAGGCAAUUUUAUGGCACUGAUAAGCAUGUGGCAGGCUCCACUCAUUUCAACUAUCAUCAUCAUGAUUCGUACCCUUAUCCAAGUAGUCAUGACAUGGCUAUGCCCAACUUCCCUCCUUCAAUGCAUAAUCCAAAUCGAUAUGGGGAUCCUUUUGCAUCCCAAAUGCUGAGGAGAGGUCCACACCAGUUCCCAAAACAACCAUUACAUCCCUACUAUCCUGGACGGUAUGUUGAUACUAAUCCAGAUUCUUAUGAACUAUACUCACAUAAUAAUGCAAUGCUUCAUCCACCUUCUUGCUCAUGUUUUCACUGUUAUGAUAACAAAAGAAGAGGUUCGGUGCCAGCACCACCUGCUUCAUUCAUUAACAGCAGAUUCCCUGAUAUUCCAAAUGAUCCUAUGUUAUACCAUCAUGACAUCCCAGGGGCAUUUGGUCCGCAAGUUCAUAAUUCCAGAACGGCCAUUCCUCCUGCGACUUAUCGUGAAAACCAAUUACAUGCAAGAUGGGGUAGUGAUUUCAACUCUGAGAUGGGUAGUUUUGUUCGAACUCGUCCCCGCAAAGUAAUGUUAGCUACUAGUAGCCAGCGUUGCUAUCCUGUAGCUGGUGGUUCGCCCUUCAUCUCAUGUCAUAAUUGUUCUGAGUUGCUGUUACUGCCUAAAAAGGCAUUGGUUCUAGUGAAAAAUCGUCGGCAGAAAGUUCAAUGUGGGGCUUGUUCCUCAGAAAUUAGCUUUGCUGUCAUCAAUAAUAAGCUGAUUAUUUCUCCUAAUUUAGAAACAAAGGGAGUUCCCUCUAGAGGUGAUAACAGCUCUAAUGAGGUUGGGAGUAGCCGUAUGUCACAUUCCCGAGUUCAUGCCAACAGGACUGGUGCUAACUUUUCAUCUGAUGAUUAUUCUGGUUAUGAUUUUCAUUCUGUAGACAGGGAACCUCUCUCUAUGGGUGCUUUGAACUCUAACAAGUCCCUGGAGAUACCAAGUUUUCGUUCUUCAUCUCUCAGUACCUCUGAAGAUGAACAUAGUCCGGAAGCAAUGAUUGAUCCAAGGGAGGCCACUAAGUCCAUUCAUCGGCCAACUACAGAUUCUUUAUCUCCUCCUGCGGGUUCGCCUCUACAGGAGUAUUUUGAUUACUCCAAUAAUAACCAUGCUGUAAAUCGGUUUGGAAAAGGAAACCAAAGCAGUCGCUCAGAGCAAGAGAAGACAAAAGUGGACAAGAUGUCAUCUCGUCAAAAUUCAUUGAAAGAGGCCGCACUUGCUACCGAGAUGGAUGUCCAUGAUUAUUCAAACACAGGUGUUUCCCAGGAUUCUGGAUAUGCUAGUCGAGAACACGAUAAUCAUAAAUCCAACAAAGGGGGUGAUUCAUUUUUUGCAAACAUUAUCAAAAAAAGCUUCCGAGAUUUCUCACGGUCUAAUCAUACAGAUGAUCGUAGUAAAACCAACGUUACUGUAAACGGGCAGCCAUUAUCUGAUCGUGUUGUCAAGAAGGCUGAAAAGCUAGCAGGAACAAUCCAGCCUGGAAAUUAUUGGUAUGAUUUUCGGGCUGGAUUUUGGGGUGUCUUGGGAGGGCCUUGUCUUGGAAUAAUUCCUCCAUUUAUAGACGAGUUCAAUCAUCCCUUGCCAGAAAAAUGUUCUGGUGGGGGUACUGGUGUUUUUGUGAACGGUAGGGAACUUCACCCGAAAGACUUGGAUUUGCUAGCAGGGAGAGGACUUCCCACAGAUAGAGAUAGAUCAUAUAUCAUUGAAAUUUCUGGGAGAGUCCUGGAUGAAGACACAGGUGAAGAGCUGGACAGCCUUGGCAAACUGGCACCAACAGUGGAGAAAGUGAAGCAUGGAUUUGGCAUGAAAGCACCUAGAGCUUCUACAUAAUCAAAACGUAGAAAGAAAUAUUUUACCACAGGUUGGAGAAGAUGAAUCUUUUUUCAUCCAUUUGAUUCGGAAAACAUUAUUUGGAACGUGCUAAUGGAACAAGCUGGAGAUAUUUGCAAGAUUAAUGAAAAUUUUCCAUUGCAAGACAAGUUCAAGGGGUUUGUCCUUCACAUGAAUUUAUAUUACAUAUAUAAUUGUAAUUUUUUUUAAAAUGCUUAUAGGUAACCAAAAAAAAAAAAAACUGCAUUAGAAGUUCUACGCUUGAUAUCAGGCAGUCUUAGGAAAAGUAAAAGUAAUUGUGCGGAAAGUCAUGUAGUGUAGAAUUUGAUGUAAAAAAAAUUGAAAUUUAUUCCUUGGUCAGCUUGUAGUUAUGCGUUUCUAAUUGAAUCAUGGAAAUGUUUUUUUUUUAUGAUCUG